CUAGUGUACAUUUUUUAAGUAAAGUGAGAUAGUUUAGGUUAGGAAAUCCGUUACAUUGAUGGCAUAGAGGAAUGUAAAACAUCAAAAAGAUUUUUCUCAAAUGGAAUUUACGGAAGGAUGUUUGGAACAAAAUUUGGAACUGUCAAAUUCACAUAUGGUUUACAUCUCUGUUUAACUGCAACGAACAAUUUCCCAAGUCUGUUAGGAGCAUAUCCAUUCUGAAGUAUUUAAAUGGUAUUAUUAAAGAUAGGUGCGAUUCGUCGACUUUACCUCAAUUAAAUUACUAAAAACUUUAUUUUUGAAAGCUGGUGCAGUUUGAUAUAGCAAUUGUAUUAAUUUGAAUCAUAUUUUAAGACUGAUUAUUGAAGCAUCUUCUCGUUUGCCUAAGAAAGAAUUGCAAUCAUUACAUACAUCAUUGCAUACAUUUAAUUAUUGGUUGAACAGCAAUAAAUGAGUUGUAAUUAGUUAUAGAGAAAAAAUAUUUGAAAGCUUUGUUACGAUCUUACCAAGCCUACUCCUGAAAUCGAGCAUAGAUGAUGUCAUAAUUCAUAUGAUCAAACGUUUUACAAUCAAAACGUUUUAAGGAAUAGAUCCGAGAAGAAUUGAUAGAAACAUGAGUCUAUUAUCGAUGAUUUAUCACAAGCAAUAAAACGCUAGUCAUCAACAAUUAUAAAUAAGCGAUAAAGAAAGAUAUUAAACCAGAAGCAGAAUUUCUGUACAGAGACAAUAUUCAAUCGCGAUUCAUUAAAGAAUCUUACACAAGAAAGUUAGUACGGUUCAUCAAAGGUUUCAAGAGAACAACAUAAUGUAUGACGUAAAGAAUAAAACUGUAAUGAUCACUGGAGCAGCUGCAGGAUUAGGCUACAAAUAUGCCGAAAUACUGCUUCGCAAUGGUGCAAAAAGUAUUGCUGUGGUCGAUCUGCCAACAUCAAACGGCCAGAAUGCUGUAGCUACUUUGGAGAACGAAUUUGGAAAAAGCCGUGCCAUCUUCAUUGCCUGCGACGUCACGAAAGCUGAUGAUUUUGAGAAGACAUUCAGGAAGAUCGUUGACACGUUUAAAGGACUUGAUAUUCUUAUCAACAACGCUGGUAUAUUUAACGAUAAUUAUUGGGAGAAAACGAUCGAUCUCAAUGUCAAGGCAGUAAUUCGCGGCUCCAUGUUGGCAUUUGAUUAUAUGGGAAAGCAUAAAGGUGGCAAGGGUGGUUUAAUCGUAAACAUUGCAUCCAUAGCUGGAUUGGACCCAAUUUCUGUUAUGCCAAUGUAUUGCGCUUCGAAAUACGCUGUUCUAGGAUUCAGUCAGUCUCUAGCAAAUAUGUAUAACAAGACUGGAGUGCGAGUUGUUAUCAUGUGCCCGGGUACUACAACAACAUCAUUGAUAGAAAAUUUCAGAGAUAGAAUCUAUGAUUCCAUUCGCGCUGUGCUAGGUAGUGAUAUCCCUGAUUUGGAAAAAAUUUCGAAACAAACAACUGACCAUGUGGCAUCUGCGAUGUUAGAUCUCAUUCGGAAGGGUAAAAAUGGAGCAGCUUGGGUCGUCAAACAUGGUGAACCACCAAACGCCGUGCACUUUCCUCCUUCUUCCGAACGACUUCUGUCUGUUUAAAUUAGAAUUUGAUAACUGUUUUUAUUUUGUUUUGAUCAAUUUACAAUGACUAC